AUGAAUCUUAGAACACAUACACAAAUCAAUUAUCUUGCCUUACAUCAUGGUGACGUUAUUGUUGAUCAACAACAGCAAGAACAACGACAACAUUUUCGAAUAAUAAAAAGAAAAAACCUUAAACAAGAAGUUAUUAAACAAAUAAAUCAAAAAUGGCAACUAAAAAUACGGACAAGGGAACAACAAUAUAUAUUUCAUAAUAUUGAAACAACAGCUCAAAGAAUAAUUGCAAAGAACCUGCUUACAGGUGGUGCAGAUCGUAAUCGACCAAUAAUACAACAAGAUAGUGAAAAAAUAUAUUUACGUGAGUUUUGUUUUUGA